AUGCCAGAUCCAAUCUGGGUUCAUUUUACUCAACUAGAACAUAUAAUUAGAUUUAAACAAAAAAGAAGAGAGUGUAAUUAUUGUCAACAACAGAUUAAUAAUGCUCUUAGAGCAGCAUAUAUAUAUUUUCGAAACUGUGAACAGCACUAG